AUGACCUCAACAGCCACUGUUGCGCAAGUAGCAGCUCAAUUUGCUCUCGGACGUUUUGAAACGCAUGUUAGUGACUCGAGAACAAUUGUCAAUGGAACACGAAAGCCUUUGAUCGUGUAUAUUUCAGGUCCGCAAGGCUCGGGGAAAACGUUCUCCUCUGAAGGUGUCAAACAAAUUCUUCAUGAGACCAGACCCGAGCUGAAGAGUAUUGUCGUUUCCAUUGAUGAUUUCUACCUCACCCACAGUGAUCAGCAGACACUGGCCAAACGUUAUCCCGAAAACGCCAUGCUGCAGGGCCGAGGCUUACCAGGUACCCAUGACAUGCAACUAUUGAAGACGUUUAUGAGUCGACUUUAUGAUAAUACUGGCUUGACACGAAUCCCAGCUUAUGAUAAAUCCCGUUUUGCCGGCGAAGGUGACAGAAUUGAAUCAAGCAAAGAGGUGCAAUUGCCUGUGGAUAUAGUGAUCAUGGAAGGUUGGUUUCUGGGUUUUGAAAGUUUGUCUCAGGAAAAGCUCACUUGUAUGUGCAACAAAGCGUCCAACCAAAUUGGAAAUGUCCUAAGUGUGCAUCCAUUGGAUCACUACACCGUAAUCAACGCAUAUUUGAAGUCUUACGCUGAUCUGCUAUGGGAUGAUGCAAAACAGUUCUCGGUAGGGGUCGUAAUCGCAGCAGAUGUCGAAAAUGUUUAUGCCUGGCGCCAGGAACAGGAGACUGCUUUGAUAGCGAAAACAGGCCACGGCAUGAGCCAAGAGCAGGUGAGGGCCUUCAUUUUGCGAUACAUGCCCUGUUACGAGUUAUACUACCCCACACUGAAGACCAAAGGUAAGCUGGGAAACUCUGGAACGUUUGUUGUAAGCAUAAAUAAACAACGGGCCGUGAUUAACGUAGAACAAAGACAAACGGAUUGA